AUGUGCGUAAAAGGCGAGGUUCCCGCACCGAAGCCGGGUGCGAUUCUAAAGAAACAGCGACAGUCUGGCAGCGAGCGGUUGAAAAAGUUGGACCAUGCGAAUGCUCCUCUGAAUACUCUCGAUCGUCGUCCUUCGAACAAGACUUCGCCUGCGCAAACACUCUACGUGGAGAUAAGAGGGGCCCCCGUGAAAUCUCAAACCACCCCAAAACGUCCGCCGCCUGCUCGGCCGAUAGUCGAAGAGAGCCGGCCAGCCAAGCGCCCACGAACCAAUCUAGAAGUGCCUAACGACGCUUCUAGCCACACGUCACAGGUACCUAUUGAGAUAGAAUCGAUCGCUGCCUCUAGCACGAUGUCUUUUCCCGGACGCAGUCCUCGUAAUCGAGACUCGAAAAUGCAGCUGCGCCAGGAGGAAUUUCGGAACAUUUCCAGUUUGAGUACCUCACGGUCGAGGAGACGCCGGACCAGGAUUCAUAGGGGCUGGAAGCCCGCCAACCCUGAAGCUAUUGAGGGGAGUGAUCGCUCCUCAGUCAUUUCAGCUUCCCCAAAACCUCCAAGCCUCGAUGAGUUGAGAAACCACUCUCCGCCAGCCGACAGAUCUGAUGUCCCCCUAUUCCCUAAACCGGUGAUCAAGUCGGAAGUUCCCGGGACAGGAACUCCUCUAGAGGGACCUAAGAACCGGACGAACUCUGUUCCCCUCGAUGACAUCUCCGAGGAUGAGCUUGCUAUUAGCAGCGUCGGGAAGAAGCGCCCCUCUUCACAAGCGAAACGUCCUGCUACUAACAAAGCGAGUACGCAGGUUGGGCAGGGCUCCGGGUUCGCCUUGCGUCGAGCAGUCUCCGGAACACACGUCUACGAACCUGAGCAGGGAUUUUCUCUCGCUCCUCUUCCCGGCAGCCAAGUUAUACUCCAAGCAACUGCACUUGCCGGAGAAAGUCUCCAUCUUCCCUGGUUGCGCAUACACCUAGGACGCAUUAACUCGGUUAAGUACGGCGGUGAUGGGUGCGAAAUUGUUCUUAUCGAUCGACCACAGAGCACCAGUGCGAACGACACUCCCUCGAAACUGGUCUUGGAAUUUCAGGGAGAGGAACAAUCGAAGCGAUUUACUCAAAUGCUCCGGCAAAGUACUGUGAAUGUGACGAUGAAAUUUCUCCAAAAGCCCAAUCAAUGGAUGAAUUUAGCUGCUCAACGACUAUUUGACGAAGCCCGGAAGGGUACCUCGCUUGAGUCAAAUGGCCAUGAUUCAACGCCUGAUACCACGGAUGAUACUGGUGAGAACGACGGCUCUGGAAUGACACAGAAAUCUGCACCGGGGUCAGAUACACCUAGUGCCAAGCCGAAGACAACACCUAAACGUCCCGUGAAUAAGAAGACUAAGAAGGCCACUCCGAAUACUGAAUGGACCAUACGCAACACAGACUGGGAGAAAUCUUGGGAUCGGUCGCUCAUCUAUCCACGGAUAGGUAGAGAUAGAGCAACUGUCGACAAACAUGAUAUUGCCAGGCUUGAUGAGGGAGGAUAUCUCAAUGAUAAUCUCAUCCUUUGCUACCUACGGUAUCUUCAAGCGAGCGCCGAGGUUGAAGCCCCGGAGAUUUCACGCCGUGUUUAUUUCAUGAACACAUACUUCUAUAGUACCCUAUCGGUAGGAUUGGGUACUUCGAUCAACUAUGAUGGCGUUAAAAAGUGGACCGCGAAGGUCGACCUCUUCUCAUACGACUACAUCGUGGUCCCUGUGAACGAGAAUUUUCACUGGUAUGUCUUCAUCGUUUGCAACCCCAGCAAAUUGCUACCUCCAGGUAUCGGCUCCGAGCAAGAACCUGUUCCGAUAGACGUGGAUGAAGGCUCCCAAGAGAAUGAAGGAGUGUCAUCCCUUCCCAUGAAGGUCGACGAUGACGCGCCACCUGACAACCAGGAGGCGAGCGGCAAGAAGUCCAACUCAUCGACUUCGUCUCGAGGUCGGCGGAAAUCCCAAAGGAGACAUGUACAGCCCGAUCGGAAAUACGACCCCCAAGAUUUCCUCGUUAUCAGCCUUGACUCCCUUGACGCUACCCAUGACCCAGGUUGUCAAAUGCUCAGGGACUAUUUACUCCAGGAGGUCAAAUAUCGGAAAAAGGUGAAGCCCCAACGCCCAGCAUCAACUGGUCUGGCGGCCCAAAACAUUCCCAAGCAGGGCAACCUUUGCGAUUGUGGCGUGUAUCUCCUUGGCUAUAUUAAGCAUUUCCUCGCUGACCUAGACGGCUUCAUCACAACCCUAUUAAAGCAGGGGAAGCCGACGUGGAAAAUUGACGCCCCGGGCUUGCGGACUGAAAUCCGAGAGACAAUUUUCGAUCUCCACCGGCAACAGACGUUGGAGACGCAGGCCGAAAAUGCGCAGAAGAAGAAAGAGAAGAAAGAGAAGAAAAGCCAGGAUGCGGGGCAUCAAACUACUACCCCAUCUCCACCGGAUUCAACCAAUGACGGGCAAAAAACCCCUGGUCUAGAGCUCGAAACGUCGGCUGGGCCCUUUACUUCGAAGCAGAACUCGCCCGAACAUGGGGGUGCUGUUUCCAUGGUAGUACAAGCUACACCCGAUCCUGGUUGUGAACCUUCAUCUGCAGAAGCCAUGGAGGAAGAUGUUGCCUCCAAGUAUGAUCGUCCUUUUACCAGGCACAAAGUGUCAAGUCCCUUGACUACGAGUGGCGAUAAGUUGGACAGGCCACCAGACAUUAGGCCGUCCGUGGAAGACGAUGCUCUCGAGACACCAAGCACGUCUGGAGAAACAACGUCGACUUCCGAGCAGGAUAUGGGCAGGGCGCAUUUCGAGCAGGAAGAUCAGCCAUACCUUUCGCCGGUGACGCACUCACCCCACGAGACGUGGUCGUUUAAGAAACUUCCGCCCGAAUCCGAAGCCGCGAUCCGGCCGUCGAUUGAGGCUCAAGACGGUGUAAUCGGUGAUGAGCCCGUCUUCAUUGAUACAAUACCGUCGUCAUCCCCGUCUCAACGAGUUAUCGCUAGCCCUGCUGCAGAUGUCAAGUUGCCUAGAAAGCGGCCAGUUAAGGUAAUCGACGUCGACGGCGACGAACAACAGCCUCCUAUGCAGCGUCAGCAGCGACGGAGGGAGACAGGUACCCGAAGCCAGUACUUUACAUCUAACGAUGCUGACCGUGACCCCAUCUAUGUCCCAAGGGAGACACGAUCUGCCGGCACCGUUAAAAUAGCCGUUGAAGAUGAUGGAUCCCCACGCGCUAAGAGGAGACGAGUUAAGACCAUCGAUCUCUCGGACUAG